CUGGUUCAGGGUUUUAGGCUUUAGAGUAGAGAGAGGGAGAGAGAGUUUAACGGCAAUAGUCGUCUUUCUUCUUCUUCUUCUUCUGGAUACGUAGGAUUUAACAGUUCGCAGACAUGAAACUGAGGCCCUUUAUUGUCUCCAAGCUAGCGAACACCAAUCUAUCGGGAUCCAUAAGGCCAAGGUUCUCCCUUUCACCUUCUAUUUGCAGAAAUGCGAACUCUUUUACAGAUUCCGUUGCUCCUUCCGUCCCUCCUCCUAGAGUCCAUGGGUUCUUCUCGGCUAUCUGUAACCCUAAACUCCCAAAUUCCAUCCCUUUCUCUGCUAGACAUGUUCAUUCUGUUCAAGGAGCCCAACUUGAAGAUUUGGGCAGUGAAUCGAAAUCCAGCGAGGAGGAGGGGCUCAUGAACGAAUUCUUGUCCCGAUUUGUUUGGAUUAUGCGCGGGGAACUCUCUAAAGUGUACCCGGAUUGCGACAAACAGACUAUUGAUGGUAUGCUUUUGAUAAUUGUUGAGAAGGUUGUAUCGGAGAUGGAGAAGGGUGACCUCGAGACGAUGCUUGGCUCCACAGCCGGCACCCCGUCGCUUGAUUUCAGCGAGGAUUUGUGGAAAACAGUUUGGGAGGUCAGCAAUUCGGUCCUAAGUGACAUGAAGAAGGAAAUGAAGAAGGAACAAAUGAAGUGGUUUCUCCAAUCCGAAGAAGUUAAAGAUAUGUGCCGCUUUGCUGGGGAAGUGGGCAUUCGUGGAGACAUGCUUAGGGAGCUCAGGUUCAAAUGGUCUCGAGAGAAAAUGGAGGAAUAUGAGUUCUAUCAGAAUUUGGAGCGUAUGCGAGAAGAAGCCCUAGCCCAGGAAGAAGCAGAAAAAGAAAGCGGCAAAGCCGACUACAAAGGGGAGGGGGUUGUUCAGGAUGGUUCGGAUGUGGCCGAAGAGAAACCCAAAGUCGUAUCUCUUCCUCAGAGAAGGGGGAAGAUUAAGUACACGAUUUAUGGUCUUGAUUUGUCAGAUCCAAUGUGGGCUGAAGUGGCUGAUAGAAUUCACGAUGCAGAUAAGCUCAUUACGCCCGACGAACCCAAACCGAUUACUGGGAAAUGCAAGCUCGUUACUGAGAAAAUCCUUUCUCUGAAGGAGGAAGAUGAUCCAUCUUCAUUGUUGGCCGAAUGGGUAGAGCUUCUCCAACCAAGCAGGAUUGACUGGCUUACGUUGCUCGAUAGAUUGCGGGAACGCAAUAUUAGUUUGUACUUUAAGGUUAGUUGUUUUUUUUUUCCUUCUUGGUCUUGAAUGGUCUAAAAGAAA